AGUGGGAUUAAAAUGACGUCUUCUCAACAUUAUGUCCAUUUGAAUAUUUAAACCAUUCGAGAAUGUAGAAAAAUCGCAAAUUGUACAGCAACAAUGUUGAGUGGCUCUCUGUUAUUAAAGUUACCAAGGGAUUGGCAACUAAAGAUGCACAAUGAGAUUCUAAGCAAGUUACACCUGUGCAUUUCCGAUACAGAAGUUGCCUCCGCCGUCGCAGAUAACACGUGGCGUUGCCUGUCCCAGGAAAGCCUCAAUAAACACGAGUUGGCCGAGAGACUUCAACAGGAUCUCACGGAAUACGCACUUGAUUUCUCCGAGUGGGUCAUAGAUUUUGCCCAAAAGUCAAUAGAGUACUAUCUGGAGACUGUGAGUUCGAGUGCUAACAAGGAGCCAAAUAACGAAGCUACGAAAACAACAGCUCCAUCUUUGCCAAAGUCUGUCGAUAAGACUACCCCUAGUCCGGCAAAAGAGUCCCGUGGUAGAAUUCUAAAGAAAGCCAUAAAAGAAGUUUCUCAAAAGACGCCCUUGUCAAAAACAGUGGAUCCGUUGAAUGAUACUCUAGACAACUUGAUAAGGAAACAAAAGAUAGCAAAGCUACAGGGUAUGGCAAAUGCUCCGCUGGGUGUUCAGACCAAAAGUGGAAAGUUUAAACAACCGAAUACGGAUACCACUGAAAGGGCGCCUUCAAAGAGCACAUUUUUCAAAAACAUGACGCUUUUAAAUACAACCAAUGAUAAUUCUCAAAAUAAUGAAGUUAUAAAAGUACCAAAGAUUUGUAUAAACUUUCCAAACUGUCAAUAUGGAGAUAAAUGUCGAUAUAUACACCCUGUGCACAAGAUUUGUAAGAAUUUGCCAAAUUGCCCAUUUGGAGAUAAAUGUGCAUUCAUACAUCCAAGCAAUGGAUAA